GCUUCGUAACAUUUGAUGUCCCACUCCACUUGACAUGCUAGCCGCUAGCUUUGCAUGGCGCACUCCGAAGGGAGUCCAGAGUUGGGCUCGGCUGACGUGCCAGCUGCGCUGCGCUUUGCGCACCAGGUAGCAGGUCUUCGGAGCCUUGGUAGCACAGCGGAGACGGAGGCCGAGGAGGGCCAGAAGCAGGAGAUCGAGUCCUUGGAGCUGAUUUUCGAAGAGUCGCUGCAGAUUCUGAGCCCCGAGGGAGAGAGGCCAGUGCUUUUUCAGCUUCAAGUGCCAGUGGCGGUGGAUGAUUGGGUGGAGCUGCUGAUCGAGACAGGCGAUGGACAGGUUCCGGCAGGAGCAGUCCAGGCGCUUCCUCCGGCGCUCCUGCGAGUGGCUCUACCACCUCACUACCCACUGGAGGGGCCUAGCGCGCCAGUUCUGGUUGUGGAGGUGCCGCACCUGGGCGCUGCGGCCACGGAACUGGAGCCUUCCGGAAGACCAGAGCAAAUUGGGAGGUACAACUGUGGAAUGGACCUGGGCAUGACCAAUUUGCAGUCUCACCUCUCUGUUGAGAGUGGCGUGUUCGAUUUGGUGGAGCAGCUCAAGGAGGAGCUGGCAGUGCCAAGCCGGCUUGUCCUGAGACAGGAGAUGUUCUCUGAGGACCCGAUGCAGGCAGCGCUGCGGCUGCUCUCACAUGACCAGCAUGUCAGAAACGAGCGGCGGCAGCAGGAAACGCAGGUUUGCCCAGUGUGCUUUGAUGAGCUCCAGGGCUCUCGCGGGGUCUUUUUAUCCUGCGGCCACUUUGGAUGCCGGGACUGCUUGCAGCAGAUGGCAACCCUGCACACCUCGGAGGCAGACGUGACGGCUCUGCGGUGCCCCGUGCCGGACUGUCGGGAGUGCUUCGACAUGGGGGUGCUGAGGCAAUUGCUGGGCUCUGACUCGGAGCUGCUGCAGAAGUACGAGGAGCUCAGCUUGAAGCACUGCAUCGAUACCAUGGAGGAUGUGGUGUACUGCCCGCGCUGCGACCUUGAGGGUGGUGGGAACCGCGUGCCCUGCAUCCAGGACGAAGACCACAUGGCCUGCUGCGAGGUCUGUGGCUUUGCCUUCUGCGGCAAGUGCCGCUCUGCCUAUCACCCAGGCGCCACCUGCACCUCGGCAGACGACCGCAUGGAAGCCUUGGAAGCCAGGGCGGCAGGCAAGGGCCGUGAGGCUGCGGCGGCACGGUCCGAGCUCCUGACGUUGAGGCACCUGGCCAAGACCACCAAGAACUGCCCCAAGUGCAACAUGGGCAUCGAGAAGACAGACGGUUGCAGCAAGGUCUGUUGCACGAACUGCAAGAUCUACUUCUGCUGGCGCUGCGGCAAGACCAUCACUGGCUACGACCACUUCGCCACCAGCGAGUGCCGCCUCUUCGACGAUGAGGAGAUUCGACGCUGGAACCAGCAGGUGCACCACAUUGACAAGGCGCAGGCCAGGGCGCAGGAGGCUCGAUUCCUCGCCCAGUUCAUUGAUCCAGCGCAGAUGUGGCAGCAAGCGCGGGAAUGCCCCCGUUGCCGCGCAGCCGUGGUGCGUGAUGGCAAGAACAACCACCUGCGUUGCUACGCCUGCAUGACGCAGUUUUGCGCAAAGUGCUUUCAGAUCCUGCAGAAAGGAAAGGCUGGCGAGCACUUCAACAAGCUCGGGAGCUGCCCGCAGCAUUCGGACUAAUGAUUAGCAUCCCCGGGCCGGGUGAUCCCCGCCCUGAAGAUGCCUGAAGUCAAGGCUGCGAGCCGAAGCCGCCGGCUACGUGAUGAUAGAUGGCCAUGUCACACAGAUUGGUCUUGCCACGCACUUUCAUAGUUUCAUGCCGUGAACAAAGGUACAAACUGCGGCUUAAAAGAGAUCAGAACCGGGCGCCGUGCCAUUGGCAAUUUGCCCAGCUUUUCCGCUGACAAAGCGUUUUCCGCUUCAUGCGCCCCAAGGCCCGCUGAGUUCCCUUGGCUUCACCCACAUUGGGCCAUGCCUUGGAGCUUCGAGUGGGCUAGUUCAGGCCCAGGCCCAGUGAGUCGGAAUGUACAGAUGCGAAUGUACAGCGGAG